AUGUGUGCAGCGACGGACCAACAGCGGCCAGCCACCGUGUCUCGAGCCUUGGCCGAUAUUCAGUACAACUCCAUCUUGGCAGAUCAUGCGACUUCUUCAGAGGACGAGUCGCUGGGACCUGACGCGGAGCCUGACUUUGAUGAUCGUGCGGCGAUUGGCGUGAGCAUUGGGCGGGAGCAGACACGGCUCUUAUCGCCCAGAACACCAGCUGUAGAGAAAGCUGCAGCUCUACAAUCGGGAAGUUAUUUCGAUGGAGCGUUUGAUCAUGAGUCGCCUCCAAUCACCGAGUCACCCAGUGGCGAAGAAGAAGAAGAUGUACAGGAAGUCGAAGCGGAUUCAGAACAAGUCGAUGGACGAAGAAUAGACUCUCCCGUGCCGGAAGCGAAACCUCCACUGACCAGGCCCCCUAUUUGCUCACCUUCGCCCGGCACAAGGGACUCCGAGAAGGACAGGGGGAGUUUCACCAGGUCACUACUACGGGAUGGAUUCUCGUUUAACAGACGUAGAGCAUCGUCUGGGCCCGAAAGUCGUUCCAAAUCGCUGUUCUCCAGCUUCCCCUUGAAGCCGAAGAAAUUUUCAAUCGGUUCAUCCUCGUCUGCUGCCGGUGAUGGUGUUCAAGGUUGCGACAAGCUCUCAAGGAAGAGUUCACUUUCAUCGAAACACAGCUCUAAUCUGCACUACCGCGCUCGUGCAAAGACGUCAGAAGGCUUGGGAGAAACAGUGCAUAACGAAGCACCAGGGGCAGCAUCCCAGCGCAGCGUAGUCGUUCCUCACCAGGAAGCCAAACCUGCAGACCUUGGAAAAGAAGGGCAAGCAAAGACGGAGGGCCUGCCAAGCAAUCUCCAGCUCACGCAUAUAUCAUCGAAACCAGUACCACUGCUGCGGAGGAGUACUUCAGACAAUGCUUUACCAUUGCAACGUGCCUUGUCCACUGUGUCAAGUCUUGGUGAUGACAGCCGCUUCGAGCAUGUAUCUGAGCAGGUCAACAGCAGAAUCAAGGCGGUCAAAGACAGCUUACAAGACUCGCGACUUAACAUGCCGAGCAUGCCAUCCAUCUCUACGUUCAAUGUUUCCAGCUUCACGCCUGAUUUUCUCAGCCGUGAACGUUCAAACUCGUCUCUUGCCAAAUACGGUAGUCGGAUUGGCUCUUUCCGAAACACCAAAUCAGCAGAGAAGCCUGUGGACCCCAUGACGCGCCAAUUCUACACUUCUGCUCGAGCCGCUGCCACCGAUUCUGGGUUGCCUAAGUCCCUUGCCCAUCACCCUCAUUUCCACAGUGCACUUGAAAGGCUUCAAGGUGAUGUCGUGAUCUUGGGGGGCUAUCGAGGAAGUGUGCUCCGUUCAGCUGAGCCACCGCAUCGCCAGCUGUGGGUGCCCAUGAAAGUCGGCCUCAAUCUUCGGAAGGUCGAUCUGGAGGUCGGACUGGAGGAGGACGCAGAUGAAAGGGCUACAGAGAAGAUCAUCCCAGGGGGGAUGCUCACGCAUAUUGGCCCUGUCGAUAUCGCACGUCGGCUGUUCAAACGGCUGCGAGCGAGCGACAAUGCCCGAGAUGGGCUACUACGAGUGCAUGAGUAUAGCUACGACUGGCGCUUGCAUCCUACAUACUUGUCGAAGCAGCUUACCAAGUUCCUCGAGGGCCUCGCAUGCAAUCAGCCUGGCGCACCUCGAGAGUUGAAAGGAGCCACUGUUCUUGCUCAUUCGCUCGGAGGACUAAUCGUGCGGCAUGUGGUCAAUCAGCGACCAGACCUGUUCCGUGGUGUUUUAUAUGCUGGUGUACCACAAACUUGUGUCAACAUUCUCGGACCACUCCGAAAUGGCGAUGAAGUGUUGCUCAGCAGUCGCGUCCUCACCGCACAAGUCAAUUUCACGAUCAGAACGAGCUUUGCUCUUCUUCCCCUGGAUGGACGAUGCUUCGUAGACAAGCACACGAAAGAGGAGUAUCCCGUGGACUUUUUCGAUCCACAGACGUGGAUUGAACAUCGCUUGUCACCAUGUGUAGGACGCCCCCUCCCGCCGCUAUCAGGAGCGGCCAAACCAAGUGGUCUCGCUGGGUAUAUGAGUUCUGUGGCCAACGCGAUACCAACCUUUUCCAACUCGGGGCGCAAGGGCAGUAAGAGCUCCACUGAUGCGCCCAAGACGACCAACAUUGCAGGCGUGGCAGCGCCCGACAGCAUGAAUAAUGGCGGCAAGAGUAGUGAGAUUGCAACGGAGAACGGCAACAUUAACAAUGGGCAACACGACGAUAAUCAUUUCGAGGACGGGUCGGAUAUGCCUUCACGAACUGCCGUCACCAUUCCCAGGGAAGCAGCCAUCGCCUACCUGACACGGACUCUGGCGACAGUCAAGAAGUUCAAACAGGAGCUGACAUACAAUCCCGCACAUGACUCUGCGAACGCGUACCCUCCCAUUGCCGUCAUCUAUGGCAAAUCGACACCGACGGUGGUUGGUGCGAAGGUGGAUGGGAUUGGGGCCAUCAAGCAUGCCGAUUGUUACGACGAAUUGGCGUUUGCAAGCGGAGACGGUGUGGUUCUGGCCAAGGCCUCGAUGGCUCCGGAAGGUUAUCGUACGGCUCGUGGAGGAGUGGUCAGCUCUGAUCGGGGUCAUAUCACUUUGCUGGGAGACUUGGAAGCGGUGGGCAAAUGUCUCAAUGCGAUUAUAGACGCACGAGAGAAGGGGGUAGGAUUGGGAUGACAAUAUGACUGCGGGCGGUGAGCAGUAGCACCGUGAGUGUAAGAUUUCAGAGUGUUGUUUAGAA